GUGCAAUAUCUAAUCAUUGGAAAAUCCUCUUCAUAAAUAAAAAUAGGGUAUUUUAUUUUUAAUUAUUGUAUAUAAAUGAGAGGCUUGGGCCUUUUUCGCAGGUUCAGUUGAAUCGGAAGGGUGAGCGAAGCUAAGGAGUUUCCGUUAUCCUUAUUUAUUUAUUUUCAUUUUCUUUUAUCUCUCUCAAACAAACUCCAACAAAAUUGAAAAAAAUAUAAAAAUUAGGGUUUCUUAAUCGCCCAAUUGUUUUAAGAAAAUCUCUCUGUUUUCUUCAUUGGAGCUAUGGAAUCUGAUUCGAUCAGCCACACUUCUUCUCCUUCAGCCUCUAACUGCAAAGAUAUCUCCAGAAAGAAGAGAAGGUCUGCAAAAUUGAAGCAGUGCAAACUCGAUGCCCGCCGCGAGCAAUGGCUUUCUCAAAGUGCGGUGAAGAACAAGGUUUGUUGCAAGGAGGGAACCAACGAUGGCGACUCGAAGCAAACUCAGCGUGGUGAAAGGGACCGUUCCUUGGAGAACUUUGAGAUGAGGGGAACUGCUGAGGCUAACGGAGAGGGAGAAAAUGUAUCUGUUCAACAUGAGAGCGAUUCUGAGUCUUUUCCUCCUAAUAGCCACACGAGCAGCAGCCUGCUAGGAGGAAUGGAUUCCGGAACAAGCUUCACCAAUAGUAGCAGCAGCAGCACAAGUAGUGGUGGAUGCUGUUCCGGUAGCAUCACGGAAGAGGAAGGCGGUGAUGGAUGCUUGGAUGAUUGGGAGGCGGUUGCUGAUGCAUUGGCUGCUGAUGAUGACAAGCAAGAAUUGGAUCCAAACGAGAAUAACAAGGAAAACCUUUGUUUAGGGUCGACCCCUGGGCUUGAGCCAAAUCCCCAGUUAGGUUCGAAUGGGGAAGGAUCAGAUUUGAAGAAUUCUGAACCUGAGUGUCCAAGAAUGGUGCAGAGGGCGACAGGGAGCUGCAGGGCAUGGAGGGCUGAUGAUACUUUUCGUCCGCAGACUCUUCCUAAUUUGUCAAAGCAGCGAAGUUUUCCAGCUACUGACCGGCGUUUUGGUCAAGGAGGGGUGUCAUGGAUGCGUAACAGUGCGUUUUCGGUGCCAUCCUCAUGUCCCAUAUGCUACGAGGAUUUGGAUUUCACGGACUCAAGUUUUUUGCCCUGUUUAUGUGGUUUCCGGCUCUGUCUUUUCUGCCACAAGAGGAUUCUCGAGGAGGAUGGGCGUUGUCCUGGUUGCAGGAAGCCAUAUGAGAAUGAUCCUGUGGAGGCUGAAGCUAGCGUUCAAGGAGGCAGUCUUACGACUAGGCUGUUGGCUCGUUCUUGUAGCAUGAUUGCAAGGUCUUAGGAGCAGUUUCUGUUGUUCGCGAAUUAUGUAUGUUGGAUUACUCUUUUCUUUGUUCCUUCUUAAUUGUGUGUUUUCUUAGUAAUAGACUCUGGUUUCCGUAGAUUUAGAUGUGAGUAUAGCAUUAUCUCUUUUGGCACCCGGGAAUUGAGCUAUGUUUCUAUGAGUUUGGUUCUUAUCUGUUUGGUGCAUGAGUUGAUGUACUCAUCUUGGCAUGUGAAUAGAUAAGGUGGUAUAGAAAUUCAAUACAUAAUGAAUAGUAUAAUAAGUUUUGUGCCUGACUGUGUUUCCAACUACUAUUAUGUUUCUUUCUAUAUUAAAGUUAUGAAUUUUAUUUGAUUAUGCUUUUAAUAUCAAGUGAAUAUUUGAGUAUUCAGUUUUGUUGGUAGUUUUAUCGCUCAAGUUCUGCUUCUGCUUAUUACCGUUCUCCUGUAAUAUUUUUCCCAUUUAAUGCAUUCCCCUGGCAUUAAUUAAUAUGACUGCUUUAGUUUCUUUCAAUACCUCGGAUGUGUGCUGUUUUCACUUUGAGGUAAGGCUUAUUUGGGUUUAGCUUUUUAUCCUAGAAAGGAUAUUGUAUGUGCGCUAAGUCAGAUUUACUGAGAAUAUUCACAUUUGUCUUGUUUCAUCUGCUGAAUCUAUGUGUGCUUUUGGUAAUUUAUGCAUACUAUUUUUUUUCCCCUAAGUGAUACUUGAACAUGGGUGAUGGACAAGGGAAAACAUUUUUUGUUAACUGGUUGCUUUUACUUUUUGAGCACAUUUUUUGGUUGCAUUUAGGCUGACAAUUUCGAAAUGUAGAAUUUGAAUGGCUGUCUAAAUGCAAUAAUCACACUUUUAUUUGCCUUUUGUCUUCUUGAAGGGCGGUUGAGAGGUUAGUAAUUAAAUUUCUUUCAAUUUUGCACAAAAGUUGCCAGAACAUAUAUUGAAGUGUCUCUUUAGAUAGAUAUGAUAUCCUAAGACAUUGUUAUAUAUGUCUCAAUUUAUACCAUUUUCUCUGUUCUGUUGCCAUGGUUUCUUUUAUUCUUGCAAUACUUUGAACUUUCUAGGCCGCUCCUCACUGCUAAAUAAAGUUGCGUCUAAUAUUUUUUUUCUCUUUGUUCUUUUCCUUUAAUGAUAAAUUAGAUGACUGAUGAUCUUUAGUAGGGGAUACAAUACUUCAGAAAUUCAGCACUUAAAAGGAGGAUAAAAGUAAGUGACCACUACUAGUAUGGGAAUGGUACUUUAUAAGCUUAGGCAUCUUAUAAUUUUACGGAUUUGUUGGUAUAUCAUUGUGUUAAUGUUUGAGCAAAUUGCUGAUCUUAGCAUGCCAAACCUGGAUGAGUUUUCUAGGUUUUCAGCUUUUCUCUUUGAAAGAUCUAGUAAGUAAAUGUGCUCAACCUGUGGAAGGUUUAGGGCUCAUUUCUUGAGUAUUUGCUGACGCAUGUCAAAAGAUUUCGAUUCUGUUUGGUAUGUAGGAUGGAGAAGAGUGAAAAUAUUUCAAUCUAAUGGUUAAGCUACAAAGUAGGGAAAUUAUUAUGAAUCCUAACCAUUUGAUUAACAAAGUUUCCACCCUUACUCUUUGCCAUCCUUGGUACCAAGCAAAGCCAAAAUAAGUUUUUGAAAAAAAAAUGACGGUGAAUAGCUACUGUUGUUGGCUUGUUAUUGAAAUCUUUCGACAUUCCACUCUUAUAGUCUGUACAAGCUGUAUAUUGAGGGCGAAGACAGAUGAAGACUAGAAUUCCAAUUUCAAAUAUACUACAUAUCUUAGUUACAGAAAUGCUACUGUAAACAAUUGUCCUUUUGAUGUUUCUGUUGUUUGUGUCGCGGAUCAAAUUCAACUAUUAUCUAAUUUAUCUUGUUUCUCAACCAUGAUGUUUCUGAUGUUGAUACCUCUAUGCCUUUAUGUCUGCUUACACUUGUGCAUGGACACAUGAAUGUUUUCUAAUGUCAUCUGGUAAUUCCCUUUGUUUCUCACUGUCAUAUGCUACCUGUCAUAUGCUACCAACAUUCUGUUACAAUGGUUGUGUUCCAUGUUACUUGGACUCAAGGCGUGUCAGAUACAGGUAUGUCUCCGACAUAAGUAUGAUUAUUUUUUUCCAAGUUUUUUCAUGUAUUUGAAAAGUGUCUUGAAAGUUCAUAUCCCCAUUUUAUGAUCAGAUGUGCUUUGAACAUGGGUACUUAAUGAAGAGUCGAUCUAAAUAGGAUGUGUUUGCCUACACGUGCACGGACGCAUGACUGUUUUCUAGUGCCAUCUGUCUAGUAAUUCUAAUUUUUGCUCCUUUUCUUUGGUUCUGCGCUAUGCUCUUUGGCUUAUGAGUACUUAAUUGUAUAUUUGUAUUCUUUGUCAUGGUAUUGAUCUCUAGAAAUUGAUUUAUAUAUGAUGGUGAUGUGUUUGAAGUUUGAA